AUGAGCCCCUCUCCCUCCCAGCUCUGUGCUUUAUGGCUGGGUUGUGUGGGCUGGAUUCUAACCGUUGUAGCCCUGGGACUGGUCCAGUGGAGAGUUUGUUUGGUGUAUGAGGUAAGCCCGAGCUUAAUGGUCAGGCACUGCGGAUCCAUCAGCCUGUCGGAUUCGUCCACACCACCUGAGAUUGCGGCGGCUCAAGUCCUCAUGCUCCUGUCUCUGCUAGCGGGCCUGGUGGGGAACGGUGGUGGUGUUUAUACCCUGAGGAACGUCGACUUUGGCUUGGAGAAAAAUGUAACCAGCUGCUUCUGGAUCACUGGAGCACUGUUCUUGUCAGCUUCUGGGAUGUCACUCGUGCCCCUCGCAUGGAAUCAGAGCUCAGUGAUAGCCAAUCAGACCAUCACAUUCCCCCCUGGGUUAAAGAUGACCCGGGCCCCUGAUUCUCAGUACGUGGGGUGUGGCAUCACAGUGGGAAUGGUGGGCACGGUCCUCAUGGUAUUGUCUGGGCUUAUGUUCUGUAGAUUUGGGUUAUGCCUACCAGUGAAGUCACCAUGUGACAGGUUUGUUGAAAAAGAUAACCCAGUAUUUGAUUCGAAUUAACUUCGUCGUGAAAUUUAAGAUCAUUAGUUCUGAAGAUGGCGGCACG